GAGCACUCACACUGGCCAUGGCGCUGCACAAAGACUCCUAUGUCCUGCUGAAUGAUGGAAACAGAAUGCCAGUGAUUGGCUAUGGCACCUACGCCCCCCAGAACGUCCCCAAGCACUUGGCAGAGGAAGGCGCAAAGGUGGCCAUAGACGUCGGAUACCGCCAUAUUGAUUCUGCGUUUAUGUACUUGAAUGAGGCGGAGGUUGGGCGAGCCAUUAACGCAAAGAUUGCCGAUGGUACCGUGAAGAGGGAGGAUUUGUUUUACACUGGGAAGCUAUGGAGCAGCUUUCAUACCCCUGAGAGGGUCCGUCAAGGGUUUGAGAAAUCUCUGAAGGAUCUUCAGUUGGACUAUAUGGACCUUUUUAUCAUCCAUUUACCCGUUGAGUUCAAGCCUGAAGAUAAUCCCUUUCCAGUGGAUGAAAAUGGAAAAUUUCUUUAUCAUAACACGGACCUUCGAGAUACAUGGAAGGCUAUGGAGGCGUUGAAAGACGAAGGGCUGGUCAAAUCCAUUGGAGUCUCCAACUUCAACAAGCGACAGCUGGAGCUGAUCCUCAGCAUGCCUGGACUAAAGUACAAACCCGUCUGUAAUCAGGUGGAAUGUCACAUUUACCUGAAUCAGAGCAAGCUGCUGGAGUUCUGCAAGUCCAAGGACAUCGUUCUGGUGGGAUACAGCGUGUUGGGGUCCAGCAGGGAUGAGCAAUGGAUAGAUCAGAACUCUCCUGUGGUCCUGGAAGACCCCGUGCUGAAUGCCAUCGCUAAGAAGCUCAACCGGACCCCCGCUCAGGUAGCAAUGCGGUACCUGCUCCAACGAGGAGUCGUCAUCCUUGCAAAGAGCUUCACCCCAGCCAGGAUCCAGCAGAACUUCCAGAUUUUUGAUUUUCAAUUAAAUGCAGAGGAAAUGAAAACCCUCGACGGAGUGAAUAAAAACCUUCGCUAUUUGGAUUUAAAGCAAUUAGCAGACCACCCUAAAUACCCAUUUGCUGAUGACUAUUAACCUCCGGGGGAACCGGCUGCAGAAUCUUUAUAUUGAGCAGAAGAUCCAUAUCAUUCAAGGAUUUUGAUUUAAUUCAAUAUUUUCCCUAUAAACUACAGUGAUGUUUAUGUGUGAGAAUAAAAACAGCUCUUUGUGGAAA